UCUUUUUUUACGAUAAAUAAAAGAUAUUUCUUUUCCUAUAAUGAGACAGAUGGUGGUGUUUGUGAUCAGAGGGCCAUACCAAUCUCUAGCUGGCCAAAUGACAAGUUAAUUACAAUGUACUAAGGUAAAUUGAUUCUCCUCCCCUUUUUGACCACUACACCUCACCACCCACGUGGACUACAAGUGCUGUGUCUCUGUGUAGUUCAUGGUAGUUGAUGUAGUUGCUAGUGAUGCCUCUAAAUAAACCCAAACCCAGGAGAAAUAAGAAUAUUGAGUGUCAGCAAUUCUCCAGAGAUGUUCUAGUCACCUGGCAGGAGAGGUUAGAGCAUGCCUCUGAGCACAAACAAGGUUUCCUGGAGUUAUUCCAAGCAUCCACUCAGCAAGGGCAGCUUUCAGCUCUUAAGACGAUUGGGCCGAGUCUUGCCCAACCCAUCCCUGCUCGUGAUACUGAAGCUGUACUGUGUACACUAGUGGAGGUGCACUCGCAAUGUGCCUCCAGGCAUCCACUACAGAGAGCUAUUGCAAGCCUCCUGCAAUCUCAGUCAGUUGACGACUCAAUCCGAUUGGCCGUAAAAGAACACAUUGGUAAGACACUGGAGACUGUAUUGGGGGCAGCUGGCAAUGGGCCCAUCGACACACAACUAAAGGCUGUACACUACUUCGAGGUCUUGAUGGAGAAUUUCCCUCUUGGUCUGGAAACCGUUGAAUCACACCUCCCAUUAAUGCUACAUUUCAUUGUCUCCAUAAUGGUAUCUUACAAAACUAUCCAACAAGCACAAAGUGCUUCCAUGGCUGUACUGCUGGCACUUAUCAAGACAACCACUUCAUUACUGCUCAAGACAUCGCUACGGCUACACCGCAUGCUCACAGAGGACGUUGAGGAGGUGUGUUGGCCGAGGGACUGUCAGGAGAAAGGGAAAUGGAUAGGAGAGAAAUUGGCUUAUCUGAUCAUCAACUCGGAGGAAAUUUUGGCAAAAUCUGAUUCGAUGCCUCACGAUAUGACUGUGUCAGCUGCUAUGUUACUAGUAGCAACGCUCAACAUCACUCUUGGACUGCUCCCCUCGUUCAGACAAGACCACUCUACACCAUCUCAACUAGUCCACAGAAUCCAACGCUAUUGGUUAUCAUUCUCACCCUUUGCGAGGCUCUCUCUUUGUCAUGCUCUGUUGGCCAAGUUGCCGAUCGUAGUGGUGACCAACGUGGAGCUGGAAGAACAACCAUUACUAGUGGCUCUGUUCCAGCACAUAACCACUCUCUCUAACAGUUUGUCUGAAUCCAGUUCAAGAUACAUUGCCUCACGAACAUUGGCAUUGUGGACAAGCGUUGCAAGGGAAUGUGUUCGUGGUACAGAGGCUGGUUCUCCCCUCUCUCUCAGUCUGGCGCCCUCAGGCCCCAUCAUGCAGACACUGCUACAGUACAUAUGGUCACUGUGGGAAGACCCCAUUGAUGGCAUCAGGCAUCAGUGCAGAGACAUGUUUGAGAAUAUCAUCAAGACCUAUAAGCAUCUACAGCAGUCUGGUGACUUUCUACUAGAGCUGGCAGAAACGCUCCUCUACACAGACGCCCCCACACGAGGACGCUAUAUUCUCCUGUCCUCUCUCUCCCCUCACGUGCCCCCUGAGAGUAUCCUCCGAGUGUCACCACGGCUACCACAACAACUCAUGGCCAUCAUGGGACACCAGGCACUCGCCUGUCAUGCAGGUGACUUGUGGAGCCGCCUGGUUGCUCUCCAUUGGUCAAGUGUGGUAGGUGGUGAGAAAGAAGAGACAAAAUGGAGUGAGGUCUGGUUGCUGCCGCUAGUCUCUACAAUGUGUGGCGAAGACCAACUUGCAUUGAAGCACAUCACACAGCAUUGCCUGCCCACUCUCUUCCAAUGCUCCGACAAAUCUCUACACCUCGUCAUGGCUCAGUUCAAAAACACACCUGAAGAUUCUGGUCCCAGUAGUGUGCUGACUGCACAGCUGGCUUGCUUCAGGAGUGCCAAAGCUUACCUCAAAGAAGGGCUAACACAACUUGAACACCUCUACUCGCCAGAAGAUAUCUUCAAGAAGGCCAUGGGACAUGCCGAUGAACAGGUUCGUCUCUCAGCACUGGGUCUUCUGUGUGAGAGUAGGCGUACCACUGAGGCCCCUCAGCCACACCUCCUGCCACACCUCUUCUCAUUCCUGGAGCUCAAUGCCAACAGCCAGGCCCCAGGGUUCAGGUACUCCGUCCUCACCUCGGUUAAAAAGCUAUUCAUUCGGAUUAGAGACAGCUGCUACACAUUGUCCAAGGCCUUUCAAAAGAGCCGUGGCCGGAGUGAGAAUCCAGACAAACUUGUGGCAAAAUAUCAGGAUUUCCUGGGGGUUCUCUUGAAACAGCACUUUGGUGUACUGCAUCCGCUGUCCUCGUUCCAGAGGAGGCACUUUUCCCUUUCCCUCCUGCAAACAAUGUCCGUUAUUUUCUCCCCCGUUCAAGACACAACAAUCCCGCCCAUCUUUGAUUUCAUCGUGGCCGUGAGCGGAGAGCAUGCUCGGACAUUAAUCGAGUGUUUGAGGGAUCCCUUUGAUGCCAAUCGUGUUAUGUGCCUGGAGCUUCUGUACAAACUGGAUACAGCUAAAAUGGGCUUGAAUGAACCAGACUACUUGCUGCAGUGUGUACAGUCAUAUGUGAGUCUGACAUGCAGCCCCAAGUCAGUCAACUGCACCUCAGCCUCUUACCUUCUGAAGCUACUCACUCGCAUGUGUUGUAUCCAGUUCAACACCAUCCUCUCACAGCAGCUGGGUCUCCAAGCUCCUCUGUUGUCCACUGGGGAGGACCCUCUCAUUACAACCCUCCUCCUCUUGUGUCAGCUGCUGAGAGAUCACAUGACAUCAGCCAAAGCAAACCUCGUACAAGCCUCCAUUUCCUCUCCAAUGUAUGGUCUUCUGCAAAGCAUUCGGACAUUACUAGAGACACUGAAACCCACCGCAGCUGCUCGAGAUGUUGUGAGAGGGGUGGUUGAUAUUUGCGUUCAAAUCUCUGCAGUUGUUUCACCUGUUGUGUGCAGUAGCAGUCCGGAGGGUUUCCUUCCCUCUCAAGAGAAAGAGAUUGGUUUGCUGUCUCAGAGUACAGUCGGCAACGGCAAUGCACAGUCUCUACUUCUCUGUUGUUGGCACUCCAUGAAAGAGAUCAGCUUGCUGCUUGGCUUCCUUGCAGGGGAGCUCCCUGUGAUCAGUGACACUAACGAAGAAGGCAUGCUCUCACAACAUCAAGUUGAGAUGAUAUCUGAAGUGUUCAUCCAUCAGCUUACAGAGGCAAGGCACAGAGGAGCCUUCGAGAUAGCGUACACUGGGUUCUGUAAACUCUGUCGGUGUCUCUGGUCCAGUCCCUACCCUUCGCUAUCCAAGAAACCAUUGCUAUGGAUUCAAGACCUACUGGACUCCCUCCAGACCAGCUCAAUGGCCAGACUGCUCUCCAUUACCAGACGAAGUGCAGGACUACCAUUCUACGUGCAGGCCAUUUUGACCUCUGAACCUUCCUACACCGGUUAUUCGUGUUUGAAGUACACACUACAAACUCUGCUCAAAGUGGCCAGGAGUGGGCUCUCGUCUAGCGUAACCACACCCACUGAUAGCCCCCUCCAGUCGGAGCCGGCUGCUGUGCACGCUCUCAACAUCCUCAGGUCACUGUACCGAGAAUCUAAACUGGGAGAUCUUGUGGUACCCUUCAUACCAGAGGGAGUGAUGAUCGCCAUCGAGGGAUUCUCAGCCUCUCUAUGGCCGGUGAGGAAUUCGUCUACCCUUCUCUUCAGUGCCCUGUUCUCCCGGGUGUUUGGCGCCAAGCGUGUGCAGGACGAGCACUCUAUGGAGAACAAGAUGACGGCUAGAGAGUUCUUCACACGUUUCCCCGCUCUCUACGACUUCCUCCUCGAUCAGCUACGGAGCAGUGCCACCGAGCUCCUCAGCUCAUCUGGGCAAUUACUUCAGCCAUCACUAUUUCCUUCUUUGCUCCUCCUCUCACGUCUCUACCCCUCCCCCCUUGAUAAUGACCACACCCCCUACUCCCUCCACCUAUUCAUCCCAUACCUACUCACGUGCACCAGAUGCCCAGUGUGGAAGACCCGAGUGUUAGUGUCCCGUGCACUCUCUUCUCUCACCACACCCUCCAAUCUCCCCCUCCUAUUGACGGAGCUGUAUGAUCGACUGAACAUGGCCGACCAGAACUGCCUCCACGGCUCUUUGCUGACUCUGAGGCUCCUACUCACAGAGAAGACAGAGCUGUUGUGUGCUAUUGGGGAGAGGGCUGGCUGGAUGCUGGACACUCAUCUGGAGAAGAGCUACAUUGCUUCAAUCCACAAUCCUUGUGGUCUGACUGCCCACCUCUACCUGGACAUUCUUCACUCACUGCUGGAGCUGACCACUCCCACCCUCCCCUCCAUCCCUCAGCCACAACUGGACACAGUGAAGACACUGCUCUCAUCUUCCUAUAAGCAUUGCUUCAAGACUUCCAACAACGAUUUGUUUUCGGCCAACUUGACAGAGGUCCAUUUCAGGUUGCUGCUACUCUCGGCAAAUCAUUACGACAAGUUUAAGCCUGUUUUGAUCGAUUCUCCUAACCUUGAAGUGAAUGAAUUGCUUUGUACAAGUAUUACCACUCAGAGCAGAGUCUUGCGUCAACAUGGUCUGAAAGCUCUCUGCUCUGUGAGUCGGCCGCUCACUGAAUCUGAUGAGAGUCGUGACAGUAUCAUUGCUCGUGUGUUGGAGCUAGUGCAGCUGGAGACUGACUCUGAGACACUGACAAAGGCUUACCAGUUUUUGGCUAAAGAUGUCAUCCCUCAACAAGACGCUAUUACCAAGGUGUUCCCUAUCGCUCAUCAGCUGUGCCUCAAACCCACCAAUACCCUGGAGCUCAGACUAGCUCUUAUACAGUUUAUCAGCAAGGCUGUCUCUGUACUUGCUCUAAACAAACAACAAAUUCUUAUCAAGUGGAUUUCUUAUCUGAAGGAGGUGAGUGUCCCCACUCAACCAUUUGAGAUACGACAGUGCGUUGCCAAGCAACUGGCAGAGCUGUGGGUGUGUGCUCUCGGUGACUGUGCUCCUCUUGUUGUUCUUUGUAACCUUAUUGUGGCUCUGCUUCAAGACUCGGACGAGGAUGUACGCACGCAAGCAGCCCAAGCAGUCACCAAGAUAUUGUCAGAAGGUACUAGUGACUGUGAGAGUAUGCAACCCUCCCAAGCAUUGAGGAUGUUCAUCUCUCACGCUCUACCAAAGUCAGAGAUCUCUUUUGACGUCCUCAUCUCACUUCUCUCCUCACUAGUUGAGGAGGCCACACUAUUAUCAAUACUCAACAAGCACACCUCUACCAAAGACGUCCCCUCACAAGUGAACAAUAUCCUGUUCGACGAAGACCCUAUCAAUGACUAUGCCGAGGACGUUCUAGUGAUGCGAUUGGUUGUGAAUGCGCUAACGGACAAUGGACCUUUCUCUGUCACUCAGUUGAGUAAGCUAGCAGACGUGUUACCGAAUCUUGUGGAUGGAGGGGGGAGGGACAAGGGGAAAUCCCCGUGGGAAGAUCUGGGCAUGUUCAAGACUAAGACGAAACUGACAAUACUGGCACCAUUGUUUGAAGCAGUCAGGCUGUGGAUUAGCAAAGAGACUUGUACAUCAGCGUUAUCAGAAUGUUUGUGCUCCCUGGAUGAACUCUCGUUAGCUUGAUUAGCUUAUUAUUAUUUUCUUACUCACGCAUCUCUUUAUAAUUUUACAUGUUUACAAGAAUUUCUUGGUGAAAAAAUAAUUUGGGGUUCAUUGA